UUGACAGCCACGUCAUCAUACGUGUGUAUGUUUUUGCAUUGUUGUUGGUAGCGUUGUCCGGUUGGCACUUUCACGUUUUCACAGACAAAUUCACCUUUCCAGUGCGCGCAGGUUGUUUUCGUGCACUCGUGUACCAUUCGCUGUUCCGAUCGAAGAACAUCGCGUUCUGUGCAUUCCAGCUAAGCUUUUCAUUCACAAUUCUGCUCUAAUCAGACCCCCAUCAAACACCGAGCGAAAAUGCCUGCCCCAGCUAGUUCCACUUCCGUCGGCAGUGGUAGCCGAUCACCGUCAAAGCCCACGUCGGCACCACGAGCAUCGGCCGGAGGUUCCAGCACGCUGAAGCAGCGAAAAACCACCACGACCACAACCGCCGUGCGGAAUCGUAACACGGGCACCGGAUCCGGUGGUAUGUGGCGCUUCUACACGGACGAUUCUCCCGGAAUCAAGGUUGGCCCCGUCCCAGUGCUCGUGAUGUCGCUGCUGUUCAUUGCCUCCGUGUUUAUGCUGCACAUCUGGGGCAAGUACACCCGUGCGUAAAAAUAGUGCAUCGUGCAUCGGACUGAUGUUCCACCAAAACGCAUUCAGUUCACCGUCAUCAUCGAUCUUUCACCCCACCCUGCCCCUCGUCCGGAGACACGUCUACACUCUCCCGCUCGUGGUCACUUCUCCGUGAACUCAUUCAGUUCCGUUUUCUCGUCAAUUUAUCUGCGGUAACGUUGCCGUGUUGCCGUUGUGGAUUAUUUGAGAUAUUUGUUCCCCUUCCCUGUUCCCAACCGUUUGGUGGUUAACGAUCGGAGUAUAAGACACGGAUCUUAUGGGCCAUCGAAUCGUUCGGUUUUUUUCGUUUUGGAGAGAAGACCCGCUAACUAGCCGCUAAUUUAAAGUACUGCGAUUCUGUAGAUCAACGUAAGGCAAUCUUUAUUAUUCGUACUGAGAGACACAAUAUAAUUAUAUACAAAAAAAAACACAAAAAAA